AUGAAGCUCUUAAUUAUUUAUUUAAUUUCUUUAUUCAUAAUAAGGAUUGUAUGUCCUCCAAAGAAACACACAAUAGCUAGUUUAGAUGAUAAUCCAAAUAAACGCCGAAGUGUGUCGGGAAGCGACACCGGGACGGGGACAGGAACAAGCAAUCCAGACGCUACUACAAGUACAGGAAUGCCUAGUCCGCAGGGAGAGCAUCAAACAAAUUUUUUCGGAUUGGAUGAGAUUUUUGGCAGUCAUCCCUUUCAUAAUCAACAAGAACAACAGCCUCCGACAAGUUUUGGUUCUUCUUUCCCGCAUUUUAAUCUACCAGACUACACUUAACA